UUUUGUUUCGUAUCCAGUGUGAGUGCCAUUCUAAGCUCUGCCUUACCAGUGGCAGACCAUGGAUAUGGGGCUCCCCAAUCCGGAUAUGAUGCCCCAUCCCAAGGCUACGGAGCUCCACAAGCUGGAUAUGGUGCGCCAUCCCCUUCAUACGGAGCCCCCGUGACCCAUCACCACUACCAUCACCAAGCACCUCCCCCUGCUCCGUCGUACAAACCUUCUUAUCGUCCAUCUUACAAUCCACCCACCUCUUACUACCCACCAACGAGACCACACAGCUAUGGAUUUGGCCACGAGGAUGAGUACCUACACCUACACAAAGGUGAACUUACUCGAUCCGCGCUUCUUUUGGGAGCAGGUAUCCUGAAAGGUGUCGUGAUCACGGGUUUGAUCAACAAUGCCAACAACGGCAUCACCAUCGGCAAGAAGUAACCGCACUGACGUAAAAAGAACUUCAAAUCUUGUUAUCGCCUACCCACAAAGCGAGUAUUUAAGUGCUGUGAUUGCAAUUCUUACACUGACAUGUAUCAUGCUUGAAGCUAUUACCAUAUUUCCGAAAUUCAAUCACAAUAAACCGUAU